GCCGCUCCAAGCACCACUGAGAUCGGACGGAGGAGGAGAGGACGAGAGCGAGCACGGGCGCGUUCAUGAGCGCAUCCCUUAGGAGGACGCAACAACUACUGGGACUGCUAGCAAAACAGGACUGCUCAACCCUGACGGUCCAACAACCGGGCGUUUUACUGACCGGGAGAAUUAGAACAACAACAAAGUAUCAUUCAUGGAAACAAAAUAGACAUCCGGUUCAUUUUAUUUUUUAUUUUGUUUUUUGUUUGUUGUCUGAUCGGAAGACAAACGCCGGAGUUCCAAAAUGGCUGAAAUGACCAAUUUAAGACCAACCUAUGAUGUCUCGCCGGUGUUGGCAGGCUUCCUAGGUGCCGGGGUGCUGGUCGUCUCGGUGACGGUCGCCGUGUUCCUGUGGACUCCUGCCUGCCGCUACCGCUUAAUGACGGGGUCCAUAAGCUGAACAGCGGGCCGGCUGACCCCCGCGGACCCCCCCCCCUAUAAGUUCAUCCAUAUGCUCAAGGGCAUCAGCAUCUACCCCGAGUCCCUCAGUGGCAGCAAGAAGAUCGUCCGCGUGGGCCGUCGCCACGGCAACGGCGGGCCCUCGUCAUCGUCCUCCUCGGCCUCCUCGUCGGCCACAUCGUCUCUGACGUCGUCGUUGCGCGACUGGCGCUACAGCUUCGGCGGUGGCGGCGGUGGCGAAUGCGGGCGUGGCCGUGGAAACGUGAUGGUGGACGCCGAUCCCGAGGGCGGCUUCCUCGGCGGGGGGGCGCACCUGCAAAUGAACCCGCUGGUGCCCCCUUGUGGCGUGCCCAGACUGGAGCGGGCACUGCCCAUCCGCGCUGACUACUGCUGCCUGGAGAGCUCGAGCGGUGGCAGCGGUGGCAGCAGUGGCAGCGAGCCGGCCAGUAAGUCGGCCUCGCCCCACUGCACGGCCACCCUGAAUCUGGGCACGCUCAGUCUGGCCGUGGACUACAACUUCCCCAAGAAGGCGCUGGUGGUGACCAUCAUGAGCGCGCAGGGCCUGCCGGCGGUGGACGAGCAGGCGGGUAGUUCGGACCCCUACGUGAAGAUGACCAUACUGCCGGAGAAGAAGCAUCGCGUGAAGACCCGCGUGCUGCGGAAGACGCUGGAACCCGUGUUCGACGAGACCUUCACCUUCUACGGCGUGUCCUAUAGCACCCUGUCUGAGCUCACGCUGCACUUCCUGGUGCUCAGCUUCGACCGCUUUGCCCGCGACGACAUCAUUGGGGAGGCCGUCGUUCCCUUGACCGGCGUGGACCCCAGCACUGGACGCGUGCAUAUCAACCAGCCAAUCACCAAGAGGAAUGUUCAGUGUGACAGCCGUGGAGAGUUGCUGGUGUCUCUCUCCUACCAUCCUGCCACUCAGCGUCUCAAUGUGGUUGUACUGAAGGCCAAACACCUGCCCAAGAUGGACAUCUCCGGGCUGUCUGGCAACCCGUACGUGAAGGUGAACGUGUUCUACGGCCGCAAGCGCAUCGCCAAGAAGAAGACACACGUGAAGAAGUGCACUCUCAACCCCGUCUUCAACGAGUCGUUCAUCUACGACGUGCCCGCCGAGCUCAUGCCCGACCUGUCCGUCGAGUUCCUGGUCAUCGACUUCGAUCGCACCACCAAGAACGAGAUGGUCGGCCGCGUGGUCCUGGGCGGGCAGAGCCCGUCGCCCACCGGCGUCACACACUGGCGCGAGGUCUGCGACAACCCCCGCCGGCAGAUUGCCAAGUGGCACAACCUGGAGGAGUUCUAGAACACAGAGCGCCCGCUGCCGUUGCCUUGCCCAGCAAGAGGUGGAGGGGGUGGGGAGGGGGAGGGGCGCACGAGUGCCUACCCCUCUGCCACCCCCCUUUAUCCCAAAACACAUAAAAGAUUUAGUUGAAAUAGAGAAGACAACCCCCCCGCCAAGUUCCUCAGUCCCAUUAGACAUUCCCUCUUCCUGAUAUGAGACACUAUGCCCCUCCUCCCUUGUCAUGUUGACAGGUGCUGAGCCCAAUCACCUGACACCCUGAGACCUCCUCCCUCCCUUUUAUUCAAUCCCUGCCUAAUCAGAGACAAAAUUGCUCUUAAGGACAGAACUCACUCUACGCCUACGAGAUACCUGCCCCCAACGCCCCCACUCCAACCCCAACUCCAAGCUUUCCCCUUCCAGACACCGUCUGGGAACGUAAAAGAGAUCGCCGACCAAGGACUCUGACGACUCAAAAAAGCAACAAAGAACAGACUGAUCACAAAGCUUCAAAUUAAUAUAUUCAAUAAUAUAUCCACUCAUCGUAUCCAUAGAAUAGGCAUUCUGAUUCCGGGCUGUUCCGGAUUGUUCCCGGGGGUGUUCUGGUGUGCAUUACAGUACAGUUUACUGGGUUCUCGCCAGCUCCUCCUGUCUAAGCAACUACCCCUCACACACGUGUGUGUGCAUUCUGUGAUCAUGUUUAGGAAGUCCUCAUGAGAAAAAAAAAAUAAUGGGUGUGAAUCUACCCUUCAAGGGGUUUGGAUGCAGUUUCAUAGUUAUAGAAAGCUCGUAGCUAGUUAAAUUAAUAGGUCAGAGAUGAGGUAGUGGAAGUGUGUAUUAAAUCUCUAAUGGGUCAGAUUGUCAAGCCACUUUCCACUUUCUGUAUUUAUUAGGUCAGGAUAGAAGGAUAAUCUGAAUCCUCAUGACUAAAUGUGAACAGAAAGGGAACUGGCGACUCGUUUGCAGACUGGUUUUCUGGGUGUUUUUUAAACGAGCCUUUAAGUUGCAUUCAAAACUGGAAGGACAUCAACUAGUAGAUCCACAAAGAGGUUGACUUCAUUAGAAGCAAAGUAAAGCAAAGCAAAGCAAAGUUGUGUAACUCACUUAAUCAUGAUUUACAUCAAGCAUUUCUUUCAGGGAUUCUCAAAUUCUAGUUCCUUCCACAGGAUCCUGUGCUUGUAGGGCAGAAGCAUGUUUUUUUUGUUAUAAAAAAAGAAAGAGAGAGAGAGAGUACAGCAGCCACGAAAAACCAAAAAAACUAAACUCAGCACCACAGAAGGGUUCUGUUCAAGUUCAACAUGCUUUUUGUUCUGCAAGAGGGAGAUCACACCUGGUAGUUCAGCUGGAUUGUAGUAUCUGUCAUCACUCCGUAUUUGUGUUUGUUACAUAUCACUCUUCUGCAUAGUGUAUAUAUGUGUGUGUUUGUGUGUGUGUGUGUGUGUGUGUGUGUGUGUGUGUGUGUGUGUGUGUGUGUGUGUGUGUGUGUGUGUGUGUGUGUGUGUGUGUGUGUGUUAUUGAGAGAGAGAGACCUGUGGGUUCCACAUCUAUCUCUGACACGUUUUGACUGAGUGACUGAGUGUCUCUGUCUCUCUGUGUGUGUGGUGGAGAUCUAAAUGAGCAGCUCAGUCUGUCCCUGAAGUGACUUUGGUCUUCUCAUUUCCAGUAGCAUCAAACCUCCAAAAGUCCUCAUGACAGGAACUCCCAUCAGCUCAUUUUAGUCUGUGUUGACGUCAGCACACACACGUCAUGCACACUAUCACACACAUAACCAUUAUACACACUUCAUACUCAGAUAACCUGUCACACACACACACACACACACACACACACACACACACACACACACACACAGCCAUCAGACUCUGACUACCCAGAGAGUAGCUGCAUGGCUGGAGACUGUAUUGCAGUUAGAAGCCUCAGUUAGCAGCAGAGUGGCAACUGGGGCUCGUAUCACCAUGCUUAGUACUUUCUUCUGGGACAGGGUAGUGUCGACAGCAAAGGCUGUUUUGUCAAUAUGAACAAGACCAGAAAACACACACUCAUACACACACACAAACACACACUCAGUCAGUGCACACACACACACACACACACACACACACACACACACAGAUAGCCGCUGACUCUGAAUCAGAUCCGACCCUGAUCUGACCCAUAUCGCCACCAGAUCAGAACCAGAAAUGUUCUAGAGAGGAAAGCCGUCAUAAUAAUUUAUAGAUCAGCUGGGACUGUGGGGGCGGGUUGCACCAAUUAAAAAGAACAAUAGAGGCGCAUCGACCUCUCCCCUCAUAAACAGAGGAGUCCGAAUACCUGACAGAGGCAAAAGGCCCAUUCACACCAAGAACGAUAACUAUAAACAAAUAUCGUUCUCGUUAAUAUGAAUGACGACGUUCACACAUAAACUAUAACAAUAACGACAUGAAGAAUGAAC